UCACUAAAUCACAUGGUUGCAACAUUUACUCACUCACGCACUUAGCUGGGGCAGGUUUUAGCUGUGUGUGUUUGAGGAGGGUGUGUGCUAGAAUGGGAAGUACAGAGGUGACACAGAGAGAGGGAGAGAGAUGCUGCACCUGUGCAUGAUCAUCUGAGAAGGAGAGUAAAAUAGAGAGGAGUUUAAGAGUUUGUAAGCAUGGCGGGACAGUUUCACAUCUGAGGCAAUCUUCUUCAGUCAACAACAAGGUCAGUCCUCCCCACUCUGCUGGUGCCAUGGCUGAACAAAGCUGGUGGAAGCUGACCUUCUCUCGCAAGAAGAAGUCUGAAUCUAAGGUCCUGUACGAGAUCCCAGCAGAGUAUGGCAGCAACACGGGGAACAAGGAGCACUCUGGCAGUAACCCUCCUGCAGAGCACAUGGACAGCCAGUUCAAUGCCAGGCUGGAGAAGAUAGUUGACAAAUCUGCCACCAAGGGCCGCCAUGUCAAGGUGUCCCACUCUGGACGCUUCAAAGAAAAAAAGAAGGUCCGGUCCACGCUGGCCGAGAACCCCAGCCUGUUCUCAGAGCACAGCCUCAGUGACGAGAACCAUAAAAAGAAGACUGACAAAUGAAAUGCACACUUGAUUGAAAAUGUGUGAUACACUAAUAAAUGCUGAAAUGAAGGAUAAAACAUACACAAGCACAACCAUGUGGUGCUACAUGUGCAAAACUGGAUCAACACAAGGCCCCACACCCAUAGAUACUGUAAACAAUGGACUCCCACCUAUACAAACAGCUGGUAUCAGCAGACCAUUACACAAGAAACGUUUUUAUUAUGUCUCAUAUUCUCCCUUUCUGUUAUUUAUCUACAGUCUGCCUCGCCUCCAGCAAACAUCCCUAUGAAUGACUUUAGUGUAAAUGUAUUUUUAUUACGUUUAAAGAUUGCUGGAAUUAAAACCUCCUUUUAUAUGUCUUACACAAUCAAAAGACAAUUUUUGUUAUGUUUUUAUGACCAAAGUGAAUAGGAGCCUUGAUUCUGAUGUUGGAUAUAUUGUGAUAAAUAAUAAUUUUAAAUGAAAGCUGUUUAUGUAAUGUUUUUCUAAAAUCCUAAAGCAAAAAUAAUAUUGUUGUUUUGAAUAAAACGACCAGAUGAGUUAAUAUAGAAA